GCGGAAAAUCAGCAGUAGAACCAGUAGUAACAGUAGUAGCCUCGCGGAGUAGCAUACUCGUUUAGUUCUAUAAUACCGUAAGUAAAUUUCGAUAAACCCCCGCAAUAAUAAAAACCGUAUCAACAUUAAUCAUCCAUAGAUUUUGACAAUCUAAAAUAAAAUACUCUUUCCUGAAGGUCGUCGGACUCAACUGAAUUGCCUCGGAACCUCGAUGGUGUUGAAACUACUUUCAUAUUUUGUUGUUCUUUGCUCGGGGGAAUCGAUAGAUGAGGGAAACGUCGCUAGUAGCGCCCGUGGAACAAGUGGUGGACUGUGUUUUGUGCUGCGAUUCAAGAUUAUUUCUUCUUUCUUUUCAUUCUUGGCACAACAUUUUUAUUAUGUGCGGAAUGUGUGUCGUACUCCACUUUAUAACUACUAAAUGCUGCCUUCAUUAAAGAGAUAAUAAUGUGGCUCAAGGUCAUUUCGUCGACAGUGAAGGAGAGUGGCUGCGCUGGUGGAUGAACAUAAGCAGAAAAGAUUGCCUAGUGUGCAAUCUAUCCCCAGCCAGCUACAACUUACCUGAUGCUGACGAAGCUGAUGCUCAGUGAACCUAGUGAUUCAGGUCAGGGCGAAUCGGACCGCAAUGGAAAUGGGAUCGGUGGCAUGUAUCCGACCGCUUAUAAUGUGGACGGGUUCAGCUUCGAUACCGAUGUCCCUACUUUUAUGUCGACCAUGUCAACAGCGGCGACAUCAACAACGGCCGCAGAUUGCACCGGAACGAGUGUCGUCGGCAGCAAAGAAGUCCGCUAUGCACCUUUCUCUCAAAUUCUACCUCCCUUACCGACCCCAAUUCCGCCUCUUGUCCCGCCACCUCCUACAUCAUCAUCCCCGCCCCCGCCACCGUUUCUGCCGCUACAAAUGCAGCAACGCACCUAUUCCCGAUCCAUGACUUCCUUACCCCCUGAGCCUUUCAUGAUUAUGCGGUCAAAGGCCUUGAAUAGAAGAGUUUCAAUAAAUGUUGGAGGUGUGAAGCAUGAAGUUCUCUGGCGUACAUUAGAACGAUUACCACACACUCGACUGGGUCGCCUUCGAGACUGCAAUACCCAUGAGGCCAUUACCGAGCUCUGUGAUGACUAUUCUCUCGUCGACAAUGAGUACUUCUUCGAUCGUCAUCCAAAGUCCUUUAGUUCUAUUCUUAACUUUUACAGGACUGGUAAGCUUCAUUUAGUCGACGAGAUGUGCGUCCUUGCCUUCAGCGACGAUCUUGAGUACUGGGGAGUAGAUGAACUCUAUCUGGAGAGCUGCUGUCAACAUAAGUAUCAUCAACGAAAAGAGCAUGUACAUGAAGAAAUGAGGAAAGAAGCCGAGUCGCUGAGGCAACGAGAAGAAGAAGAAUUUGGUGAGGGUAAAUGUGCCCAAUAUCAAAAAUGGCUGUGGGACUUGCUCGAAAAACCGACUACGUCCAUAGCUGCCAGGGUGAUAGCUGUGAUAUCAAUACUCUUUAUAGUGCUUUCAACGAUUGCACUUACUCUCAACACCAUUCCUAGUAUGCAAGUAGAUGAGAAGGGAAACCUUCAAGAUAAUCCACAACUCGCAAUGGUGGAAGCUGUAUGCAUCACAUGGUUCACUCUGGAGUAUGUGUUGAGAUUCAGCGCAUCGCCGGAUAAAUGGAAAUUCUUCAAAGGCGGACUGAAUGUUAUAGAUCUACUAGCUAUUAUGCCUUACUUCGUAUCCCUCUUCCUUGUGGAGACCAACAAAAACGCUACCGACCAGUUCCAAGAUGUGCGCCGGGUCGUGCAGAUCUUCCGGAUUAUGAGGAUCCUGCGAAUCCUGAAGCUGGCUCGUCAUUCGACAGGACUGCAGAGUUUAGGUUUUACGCUCCGUAAUUCAUAUAAGGAGUUAGGCCUACUCAUGUUGUUCCUGGCGAUGGGGGUGCUUAUCUUCUCUAGCUUAGCGUAUUUUGCUGAGAAAGAUGAGCAAGGCACUAAAUUCAUAAGCAUUCCGGAGACGUUCUGGUGGGCAGGUAUCACCAUGACGACCGUUGGGUAUGGUGACAUUUACCCAACAACUCCCCUUGGUAAAGUGAUUGGCAGUGUGUGUUGCAUUUGUGGUGUCCUGGUAAUUGCGUUACCCAUUCCUAUUAUCGUCAAUAAUUUUGCUGAAUUCUACAAAAACCAGAUGAGGAGAGAGAAAGCACUUAAGCGUCGCGAAGCACUCGAGAGGGCUAAAAGAGAGGGCAGCAUCGUGUCCUUUCAUCAUAUCAAUCUGAGGGAUGCGUUCGCAAAGAGCAUGGACCUCAUCGAUGUGAUAGUUGAUACUGGGCAUAACCUGUCUGGUGUCGAUGGAAACAGUACGGAAGGAGAAUCUGGUUGUGAUAGAGGUCCAUCUCAAACGGGUGCUGGUUGUUAUAAAAACUACGAGCAUUAUGUUACCUUAUCAAAUAAACGGACUAGCAAUUCUACCUGCUUUCCGACUCUGCCAAAUGAUUUUGGAACAACACCUGACAGUCCAAAUAGGCGGCUACUUGAUUUUGCUCAAAACAUAUCUACAAAUCAGAGUGAGAAUUUCUUCCAUGAUCAAGUGUCAGCACAUCAGUUGAAUCAAGGAAUUGCUACACCUAGUGAUGACGAGAGAAAAGAUAACAGAAAAGUCGACCCAAAAAUCGAUGAACUGCCUAGUGAAUUCGAGUGUUGCUUUUGUACAACGAAGGAAUAUAAAGAAUAUCGAGAUGCAGAAGAUAUUAUGCCUCUAGCGACGAGUGAUUUCAAAACUUCAAUUUGUCAAGAAUUAAAAUCAUUGAGAGGUAGUAGUUUGGAAAAUACCUGUUUUGAUGAUUUACAACUGUCUCCAGUCCCGAUAUUAGAAUCAAAUGUAUGCGUUAGUAAAAAUAAUUACAACGAACGUGGCAGUGUGGAUAGUUCUGAUACGUAUGCUAGCUGCCAGACUCAUCCAUUUUAUUCCCAAAGCGAUUUAACCGAAGAUGCAGAUAGUAAUUUAUAUGUUAAUCCACUAGAAGGUACAGAUAAAUGUAGCAAUAUGACAGUAAAAAAGUCUGUGUCUGGUGGAGUAGCGCAUUUUACUCUAAAUAUAUCACCGAGUACAGAAUCGCUCAAAGAUAUUAAUUUAUUAAAUAAAAGCAGUAAAUUAAACAUAAAUGAAUCAAUUCCAAAACAUAGGAAAACUCGCACUCAACAGUAUAUUAAACCACGCGCUCAGUUGCCUAACAACCAAGAUCUCUUAGAUUGUAUAAGUUCACCGAUAAAGGAAGAUGUAAAAGAAGAUAACAAUAACCACCAUAAUGGUUUAAAAGGAGGAAGACCAUCGCCAUCAGUGAACAGUCAUAUUGCUUCAGCAACGAGGAUUAUUAAUCACCAUCUAUUUGGAACUAUUAGUGAUUCCAAGCAAAAUACUGGAUCGACUACUGGAAGUAAGCUGUCACUGUCGGUCGAUUCAAUUGAUAGCGAGGCAACACCAAUUUUAGAGCGACAACGUAAAUCAAAAUCUAUUUUAAAGAAAUCAGAAAGCAGCAGUAACUAUUACAGCGAUAUUGGAGACUCUGACACUGAGAAACUAAUUGUUGACAAUUCAUCAAUCACAACAAUGUAUGACAACGGAAAAAUUACUAGCAAUACUUUACGAAAUGUUUACGGAACACGUUUGGAACAUCCUGUGUCACCACUUCUAUCCAGACAAGUUAUUGAGUCCAUAUUUCGAACUAACAAUAAUGCCAGACAACAUUGCCCAUUAAAUUUGAAUAAUGAAAAAAAUUACCCAUCCAAGUUACAUAAACCUUUACUCGAUCAGACAACUCAAGGAGAAAUGCAGACUGGAAGUGAAGGUUCUGAAGAAAAUACAACUAAAAGUGAAGAGCAGCUACAGAAUACAAAUUGCUUAGUAGAAGUAGGAAAAGACAAGCGUUUCGUCCUCAAGAGUACACUACGUCCUCGCAAGAGUGAGAAAAAAGGAUUGAAUGCUGAUAAAAGGAACAGUUCAUCCAGCAAAUCCUGUUUGCACAGUACGGCAGCUUACGAAAGUUCAGACUCUAAUUGUCUUCCUCCAGAAUAUCGCUUCUCGUAACAUAAGGAUGGGUCGAACAUCAUACAAUCUAUUGACUAAUAAAAUCGAAUAAUAAUGAAGUUUUUAUUCUUCAGAAUUAAAAUUCAUUUUUAAAAGUACUUCCAUGAUUUAAAGUAUAAAAUAUUUAAAAAUUACAUAUUUUAACAUCUCUUUUAUAUAGUAGAGUAAUUCCGGUGAAGAUUGAACCUAUUUUCAAGACAGUUUUAUUAUAAAAUGUAUUAACUAAUGUAUGCAAGUGAUUAUUACACAGAAAGAAGUUAAUUGCACCGUUGUCAAUAGAUGAAAUCAUACACCAUGAAACAACAUGAGUGAUUUUUCACACAUAUUGUCGUCACAUAAGUUUCAAAUUCAGUUGAAUAUAGUUAAGGGGUUACAUGGGUCAAAACGUCCGGACAAUGUAUGAUUGUUUAAUUUUUUUUUUUCAUAAAAUAAAUACAUUUUUUUAUUUAAGUGUUUUUAUAUCUUUAAGUACACUAUUAAAAGAGUAACUUGUAAAAAUUUCGUUAAAAGAUAUUUAAAAUCAGGGCCGUACCUACAGGUUCUUUGAGAACCCUUCCAAAAAAGCGGUGGUCACGAUAUCUUCUGACCGGUUCAUUUAAAAUAAAAAAACCAAAUAUUUUCUGUUAGUGGAUGAGUAUAGCUCGUGAUUGAACGAAGGAAUAUUUUUUUUGUUGAUUAGAACCGAUUUUACAU